GAAAGACUCUAGGGCGGAAUAUAGAAAAGAAAUACUUAUCGCAGUCCACCCAGAAAACCUUUUAUACACCACUUUUAUACGGUGGACUUGCAUCCGAUAUUAUUCAGGUUGCCACUCUGCUCGGGCCGAGCUGCGAUUGGAACCUGCGCUCUAUAAAAUUAAGAUGUAUUGAUAUUAAUAUUAAUGAAUUAAACUGAAGUACGGAGUUCCUAUUUAAUGUACGAACUGAAGGAUGAGCCAUUCUUUUGGUUUGUCAGGUUGGGGGGGUUUGCUCGGGAAUAUUUUGUUGUGAAAGAGCCCUGAGGGCAAAAUCUGUUCAGGCCGGCGUUCCAGCCCAGACAAUGGCCAGCCGGUGGACUGAGAGAAGCCUCCGAGCGGCUCCUGACUGCUGGAGCUUCCCCGUGGCUGAUGCUCGCUAUCAAUGGACGGGCAAUCAGGGGUGCCUCACUCGGCCCAUCAUCAGGCAGCCCUUGGCCGACCUUGUCUGGAUCGGGCGUGGGUAAUGCUUCCAGAAAAUACGAAGGCUGUUGGCUAGACGGGGAAAUGGAAAAGCAUCCUAGGAAAGGCCCAGCAAAAUGCCUCCCUGUGGUUAGUAAGAAAACUCGGCCAGGAGUUGAGCUCGAUUUGACAGAUCUUGCUUUCUCUGGGUCAGUGUAAAUUUGCAGGGGUGAAGUGCAGAAGUGGGGUUAAGUCCACGGGCUUUUUGCAGUCUCUCUCCUGCCCCCUUCCAGUGCUGGUUGUGUUGAUCUCCUCCCUGAAUUUGCAAAAUGUCUUUUUAGCAGUGCCAGUUGGUGGGCACAAUGGUUCUGUUCCAGAGAGUAACAUGCUUUAAGUAUGCAAAAUAUUUCUUCCACUGGUUAGCUUCAUGGAAUAAUCUUGAAUUCCAGUAUUGUACAAAAUGGUCUAAAACUUAUCUACCUGGGCAUGGUGUUAGAUAUAUCACAUUUCCUCUUGCCUUCUUUUCCAAGGAAAAGAAGCUCUAGAUUAUGUAAAUUUUCUCAUAGAGAAAAUAAUCUCUGAAUACAUAAUCCAGAAUUAUUUUGAUUACGCUAUCAGCUAUUUGGAAUGAAUGCACUUUCAGUAUAUAUGGAAUUGCUCAGGUAGUGGGCUCUAGUCCCACGUGGAUCACCAUUUAUUUAUGUGUUUAAUUAAUUUAUAGUCUGCUGAACUUCAUUUAUGACUCUGGGAAGUAUACAGUAUUUAAACAAUUUGAGACAAAGCAAUAUGAAACAAUCAUUUCUUCUUUAUCGUCAGGUCUGCAAGAGAUGUGAGAUCUCAGGCUGGGAAAGAAACGAGAUGGAUAUUCCAGGAUCAGCUUUUUUAAAAUUGGUUUGAAAUGGUGAUGGGAUGGCAACCAAGACUGAGAAGCAGAUGUCCAUAAAAGAAGAGCCAGAGCGUGUAGAAAGGCAGGUGAUCUUUAGAGGAGGAUCUAAGGAGAGCACCCCUCAAAGAUGUAAGCAGGAAAGGGGGACUGGAAGUCACUACCAUUUGCUGCCAGAGAGGAGAGAGAAAGUUGCUUCUGAUAAAACGCAAGUCAAAGCUGGCCAGUGCAAGGAGGAGAGUUUAAAAAGUCUUGACCAAAUAGUAAUCCAGCAACUGAUCCACAUUGGAGAAAGUAAAAUCACACCUAGCAAGCAGGAAAAUAGCUUCUGCCAGAGUGUAGACAUUAAUAGACCUCAGAUUGUCCAUUUAGCAGAGAAACCGUAUCUCUGCAUCAUUUGUGAAAAAACUUUCCGCAAUCACUCAGGUCUUCUGGUCCAUCAGAGAAUCCACACAGGAGAGAAGCCGUAUAAAUGCCCUGAUUGUGAGAAGAGCUUCAACCAGCGAUCACAUCUGACCUCUCACCAUGGGACCCACACAGGCGAGAAGCCAUUUAAAUGCUUUGACUGUGGGAAGAGCUUCAGUUAUAACUCCGGGCUCAUAAUACACCAGCGAAUUCACACUGGGGAGAAACCAUAUAAAUGCUCCAACUGUGAGAAAAGCUUCAGUCAAAAAUCUCAUCUCCUUUCACAUCAGAGGACCCAUAUGGGAGAGAAAUCCUUUAAAUGCCCUGACUGUGGGAAAAGCUUCAGUUACAACUCUGGUCUCGUAAUACAUCAACGAAUCCACACUGGGGAGAAACCAUAUAAAUGUUCUGACUGUGGAAAGAGCUUCAAUCAGAGAUCGCAUCUUAUUUCGCAUCAAGGCAUUCACACAGGGCAGAAGCCAUAUACGUGCCAGGAUUGUGGGAAGAGCUUUAGCUUCAAUUCUGGGCUUGUUAUACAUCAACGGCUUCAUACUGGAGAGAAACCUUAUAAAUGUCCCAACUGUGGGAAAAAUUUCAAUCAGAAAUCGCACCUUAUUUCACACCAGAGAAUCCAUAUGGGGCAGAAAAUUUAAUUUCUAAAGACAAUUCUGUAGAGGCUAUUAAUAUUAGCAUCAUCUUUGCUCUCUAAACUGUAGCUUUUGGAGGACAAUCUGCGUCAUCAUCCAUGUGUCUAGAUGGACUUAUUUUAGAAUUUUGAAAUAAGAUGUGUAGCAAAAAGAAGGGUGACUACCAAGAGCAGUGGAUGGAACAGGAGGAUCGAGGUCAGGGAUCAAGGCUACAAUAUAAAAAUGCCAGAAAGCCUAUACUUAAUGUACUUUAAUAUCAAUUUUUCAAUUUUAUGAGAAAAUAAUAUUGUAGUUUUAAAUGUAAAAGAUUUAUUGGUCACUAACUACAGGAAAAUGCUUUAAAAAUUCUCAUUAAUGUGUUGAUAUAGAUUCUUAGCUUGGGCAAAAUAUAUAGCGCUCUUUCCAAAGUCUCAUCAGUGCAUAAGGAGAAGGUGGGAAGUUGGACCCCACUGCUGACCACAUCCUUAAUGCUUUGUUCCCUUUUGGCUUGGGAGUUUGCUGUGCUUAGAUUUGAAAAGGAAAUCCUACAUUUCUACAAACGAAAGGGGUAUAUCUAUAUCACAUGGGAUGCUGGAAUAAAGAUGUGACAUAGAGGUUGGGGCCACAAGGCAGUUCGUAUUCCUCCACAAAUUCUAGACUAUGCAUGGAGACAACUUUGGAAUUUCAAAAUGUAGUAAAUCGAGAAAAUCAUCCUUGUUAUGUACGAUCUCUAGGUUAGAUUUCUCUAAUACUUUCUAUAUAAGGUUGCCUCUGAAAAUGGUUUGCAAAAUUUAGUGGAUACAGAACGCAUCAAGAUUACAAAUUCAACUUGAAGUAUGCUUGGUUUAAAUUAGUAUAUAGCUCCAAUUUUGUUCAAUUGACACUGGUUAGCAACUUGCUUCUGAGCACCAUCCAAAGUUUUGCUUAUUGGCUGUAAACUUCAAAUGAUUGCCACGUGAGACUGUCCCUUGCAGUCCUCCUCAGGAACUCUGCAUUGUGCCCCUGUGUGGUGCAGAUGGGGAACACCACUUCUCACUUGUGACGCCUGGUUAUGGAAUUCCCUGCUCCAAGUGGUCUGUCUGACCCCUUCUUUAGUAGUGCUUCAAAUUGGUACUUUAAAGGAAGCAUUUUGUUCUACCUCUCUCACCACGCCUUCCGUGAUUUUUUUUUUAGUUUUUGAAUAUUUGAUCUAGAUUCCAGCUUGUUUUUAGGCGGCUGUUAUUAUUAUUAUUACUACUACUACUACUACUACUACUACUACUACAUUGGAACCAGACUUAGUCACGCUUAAAAAAAGACCCACUGAAAUCAGAGAGGUUUAAGGUAAUCAUGACUAACCUGUCCCAUUGAUUUGAAUGCACCUGUGUAAGCAUGACAGCAUAUAACCUACUUCAUUGUUGUUGAGCUCUAGUGUUCAGCAGCACUUGGCAUUAUGGCCAGCGGUGAGAGAUGGUGGGAAUUGCAGCCUAACAACACCUGGAAAGCCUUUGGUUAUUAUCCAGUCCUGGAUUACUGUAGUAUGGAUGCUGUGCGCUGCCCUGAGACCAAGGGGCUGAAAAGCAGGGUGUAAAUAUUAAGUCAAUCAGUAUUUAUCACAUUUUUAAGUAUUGAUCAUUACAGCUUAAUUGCAGCAACUCUACUGUACAUAAUGUUGCUAAUCAGAAUGGUGUAUAUGGUCGUUUUUCAAGUCUUGAAACUGUUUCUUUGCAAUAAGUGGAGAGUGUACACGCAUUUUUUAAAAAAGAUAUUCUGAUACUGGUUGUUUGCUUGGAUUUUUGCUUUUUAUCAUUUUCUCUCCCCUCCUUAUAAUCAAAUGUAAUUACAACACUAAGAGAAUUUACUUGCUUGAAUUAACUUUUCAACAACACAAGGGAAGCAGUGCAUAAAACUCUGGAGCCAUGCGGGAGAAGGCACUUUUCAUGUUCCAGAUGGUCGAACUUUUGACAACAGGGUAUCUUCAGAACAGCUUUUCCUGCUCAUCUGAGUAGUCAGUCUGGUUCAUAGCAAGAGCGGCAGUCCCACAGAUUGUCAAGCCCUAAGCUGUGCAGGGCUUUUUUGAGUCUGUGCCACCCCUUGAAUUAUUCCCAGAAGUCAUCAGCAACUGUUGAUCUCUCAUUACAGGAAUCAUAUGAUUUCUAUAUGUUAAACUGGUCAGCAGCCUAGCUGCCCUAUUUUGUAGUAUUUGCAAUUUCUAGACUUUUUCAAGGGUAGCCUCACAUGCAGCACAUUCCAGUAGUCAAGACAGAUUGUAACUUCUCCACAGUCCAGCUGGCUCAGGAAGAGCAGCAGUUGAUGUUCAACCUUGUAAUUGUGCAAACAUUCUCCUUGCCAAGGCUGCUACCUGCAAGUCCAAUGACAGUUGGGGAUCAAAGGGCACUUCCAAUCUGCUGCUUCUGGGGACUGCAACCCUGUGCAGAGCAAGUUUCACUCCAAUCCCAGAGGCCAGCUUUUUCCAUACCAACAGCAGCUCUGACUUGUCUAGAUUUAAUUUCAACUUGUUUUCUUUCAUCCAGCCUAUUAUCGAGGUUAAGUAACAUCUAGGGGUAUUGAUUCCUUCCUUGAAAAUUGGGUGCAGUAGAGCAGGGUUUCCUCAACAUGCUAAUGAUAUCUAAUUCCAAAACUCUGGAUGAGUUUCCCCAGUAGUUUCAUGUAAAGAUAUUAGUAAUAAGUCAUUGUUGUUGAAAUCUGUUCUCAAUCUAUUUGUGUGUGCGUGUGUGUGUAGCUGAGAAACAAGAAGUGUAUUGUUGCCUACUGAGUGCUAAUCUAUCCCAGCCUUUCUUUACUCAGUGUCAUUCAAAUGGCUGGGGGAAUAUAAUCAAGCACAUCUGGAGAAUACCAGAUGGGAGGAAGCAGCCUAGUAAAUAUUUAAUGGCAUAAGAUUUUAGGGGCCAUACUUAUUGUCCUAUAAAAAAUUAAAGGAAUGCCAAUAGAAAUAAACAUCUGGGGAGAAAAUGUGGUUUCUCUUUUUAGUGUUUUUUUUUUUUAAUUCUUAAGCGCAUGCUUAUCAGUUUUAGAAGUCAACCAUGUGUAGGGAUGAGGGCAAGAAUCCAAAACGUUUUGACAACAAUAUUACUU